AUGGGCGAAAUCUGUCAUGAGCCUAAAGCAAUAGCACAAGCCCCGCCGGUGGCCCUGCCGCCACCAACAUCUGCAGCCGCGCCAAUCUCCUCACACUGCUCCGCUCCUCGCACCAUCGUCAUCCAACGACCCGACGCCAGACACGGCUUCGGCUUUACGCUUAGACAUCUCGUUGUUUACCCACCGGAUUCAUUACAGGAGUUAUACGAGGAUGCGAGACACCUGGCCGUGGGCGCGGUGGGCGCGCCGAUGGACACGAUCUUCGUGAGGUCGGUGCGGCCGGGAGGACCGGCGGCACUUGCUGGUCUUAGGGCCGGCGACCGCGUCCUAGCAGUAAACGGCGAGCCGGUCGCGUGCGGCCGGUCACGGGCGCCGUACGCGAGAGUGGUGCAGCUCGCCCAGCGGGAGCCCAGGAUUCUCAGACUUACCGUCGUGCCGAGGGACCACGACCUCUUGCAGAGGUAUUUCAGCGAAGCGGCAUACAACCCUGAAACGAAUCAGAGACCGAUAGAAAUGCCGGCACCUAUAACCGAGCACGAAUCGCGGCUCUUCGACGCGUAUCGACGGCCGCGAGCUAGUUUGCCCGCGCUACCGGGGCCGCAAGCGCCGACGAGACAUCGGGAAGACCCGGAGUACGCCACUGUUGCACCGCAACCUGCUAGGUUCGACGCUAGACUGAGUAACGCGUCCCAUUAUAUCAUACACGAUGGCAGGCGGGAGUCCGAUAUCUCUCUUCCCUCAUCGGCUACAGAGAGCAAAGACAGUCUCGGAUCCUUCGACUCGAACUCCACACUGACGGGCCGAGAGCUGGACGACUCGAUCAUCCUCUCCCGAAUACGAAAGAGCCUGGAACAGAAGGAGGCUUUCCUCAGACGUCCCAGUCAACCCACAGGAUGGGUAACCCCGGACGCUCCACCGCCGAUCAAACAAAAGGAGUUCUACGCUCGACCGCAAAAGUUGCAGAAGCCGGCGUGGCCUCCUCCUUCCUCCCCGCCGCUUGCCUCUUCCCCACCGCCGCAUCAGCCGGAACAGAGAAAGGAGGAAUGCGCCACAAGUGUAGAUAGCGGGACGUACAGCGGUUAUGGAGAAGUGAAUGGUAAUGACAAGAAACCUAAACAGGAUAAGAGUCAGUUUGUAGCGACGCUGUCGAAGAUUCAAGAAACGACGGGCAUUCAAAGCCCUAACGUGGGAACUAUGAACGGCAGCUGCAAUGAGAACAGAGAAGAUGGCACGAGUAACCAGGAUAAUAGAUAUCCAGUACCUGAAUUACAGUUAGUAACGGCUAGAACGCGGCAGCUCGAAGAAGCUCGCGGUGUUGGUGAGAAACGUACAGAAGUAGCCAGGAGCGAACUAGCACGGCUUUCGACCACACGGCUGGAGCCCAGCGUGGCCUUGCGAAGGAAAGAGUUUGAAACUAGAGCAAAUAGGCGAGAAGCGAGGUCGCUUGAUGUGCAACCACAACAAGAACUGGAUCACGAACAUACGGCUCUAGGCGGCAGUUUAUCAGGCAACCAAUUAAUGAUUACCGGCAGCAAACACCUACAUUGUCCACCUCCCGAUGGAUAUGUGCCCGAAAUGGAAAAGGUUCAAAUGAGGACAAGGUCCAAUAGUACCGGAAGCGAAGGAUUACCCAUUAGAAGACAUCAUGCCACAGAUGGCAGUCACGCGAAGCGACGUAUGGGGCUGAACAGAGAACAAAUGGAGGCGAUGAAUCUCGUGUCGCUAGCGGGGCGGGACGGGCAGUGGCCCCAGAGGCCCACACAGCUCAGCCUGGCGCCUUCGCCCCCCGCCUCUGCGGCCACCUCGCCUUCACCCACGCCAAGCACGCCUGCCGACUCAGGUUUUGCCGAUGAUCUUGUUACCAGACGACAAAAGAAGGAUGCACAAAUGGGAGAAGAAGAACGCGCUAUGAGAAGAGUUUCAUACCUAAAGGCAACAUGGGGUGAUCGGUUACAUAUAGACGGUGAUGUUGAACCAGAAAUUGAUCAUCACGCAUUGAGAAGCUCAGAGAAGAAAGGUGAAGAAACUGCUGAUACUGAAGCAGUUGAAGGGGACGUACAAGGGAACGUUCAAGUAAAGAUGGUAGUGAGUAAUGGAAAGCGCGCGAGCGAUAGAUCGUGGAAGCAAGUAUGGGCGGUCCUUCACGGCACUAAGCUGUAUCUCUAUCGACACCAUCCCAGUCAGAGCCCCGGUGCGGUGACCGGCACGGGUUCGAACUCUGAGAGCUCGCGAGACGCCCUCGACGUACGCUACUCUUUGGCGGCCCUGGCUGACGACUACACGAAGAGGAAACACGUGGUUAGAGUCACAACGGCGGCUGGAGCAGAGCUUCUACUGCAGGCUGAAGGCGCAGCCGACGCUCAACGAUGGUUGGCGGCGCUUCGCAGACAUUCAGCGGAGCCCCCACCUCCGGAGACGGCUUCUUUGCCCGCGGCCCCCGCUUCUGCUCCCCCCUCGAAUACCGUUCCACCAACCAGCACAGAUAGCUCAUCGCCGCUACCGCCACAGAGAAACAAAAAGAUUGGACGGAACAGAUCGCCCACCGUGUCAAUGAUAGGACCUCCAACUCCUACGCUACCCUCUUCCCCGAAGAAUAAGACAUGGAAAGGUCGUAUGGCAAAGCAGCUGCGAAGAAUGCACGCGGGGGCAACAGGUGCCCCAGCGCCUCCAGCUGUCACCGGCUGGUUGGGAGCUCCUCUGGAGCGAUGCCCUGCAGAUCCUAAUCAUCCACUUGUACCUAGAGCAGUCACAUUACCAGCUGAUGCUGUUGAGGCUUAUGGCCUGCGAACAGUGGGUAUAUACAGGGUACCUGGUAACGCGGCUGGCGUGGCUGCUCUUGCGGCGGCUCUCGACCGAGGGGAACCCCCUCCGGAAGGCGACCCAAGAUGGGCAGACGUUCAUGUUGCUUCUAGCUUAUUGAAAGCGUACCUUCGUCGGCUACCCGAUCCACUCCUCACUGCUGAAAUGUAUCCUGCUUUCAUAGCGGCAGACCGUUCCCCAGAACGCGCUCACGAGCUUCGACGCUUAGUAAGAGCUCUGCCAGAUGCACAUUACGAGACGCUCAAGUAUCUAAUACAGCACUUGCGCCGAGUAGCCGCUCACGCGCAGCACAACAAGAUGGAAGCGCGCAACUUAGCUAUUGUCUUCGGACCGACGCUUGUUCGGGCAGCAAGCGACGACAUGCUCGCCAUGGUCAACGAUAUGUCCAGCCAGUGUCGUAUAAUUGAGUCUUUUCUAACUCAUUACACAUGGUACUUUGAAGAGGACGAAGGCAGCCCACCUGCAGAGCCGCCACCAGCCGCAGACCCUCUCUCUCCAGCGCCCGCGCCCUCCCGCGACCUUCUUAUACAUAACGUCAAAAAGAUUGAAGGCAAAGACGUGACUACGCGUGACAUUGUAUCGUCGAUAAUAUCAGCAGCGAACCGCAAGAUUCAGCGAAAACCACGGAAGAGCGACAAGAAAUGGUCGGAGUCGGAAAAGCGCACAGAGACAUCCCCUGGCGCCUCCCCUCCGCACUCCCCGCUCACUUCGCCGCCUGCUCACAUCACCACGCCCCUCGCGCGCUACGAUGGCCUGCCACACCACUACACGGACACGCAUGAUUCUCAUACCAAAAUCGAAAUGGAGUCUAUGGGCAACGUAACACGAGGUCGGCCGGAUAUAUCGCGGCAUGCGCAUACGCUCAACAGCUUCUCCAUUGACGUUCUGACGUCAGAGAGUAGACACGGCAAUCUCUUUCUUUUGUCCACAUUCAAAGGAACAGGAGAUUUAGUGUCUUCUCUCACGAGCACCUUCGACCAGAAACUGCGUACACUCAACAACUCGUCUCCUCUCGACGACGGCAGCAUCCCCUACGCGGACGAGUGUCAAGACGAUAACGACGAAGGGAAAUCCACCGAGAGCACGCCUUCCGAGACCAGUCUGCACAGUGAGCGCGAAGAGCGUAUUUCUCCAGCUAUCCGCGCUCACGAAUUGAAGGCGGCGUGGCUGGCGAGGGACCACCGACACUCUUCCUCGAGCAGCGCAGACGAACCCGACGCGCGCUGGCCCAGACACCGCAUCGCGCGAGACGACGGCGACGAUUCUGAGAAGGAGAACUGUAUCAUUCCGAAGAAAGCUAGUCAUGAAGAAGUGGGAAACGACGAAAAGGACGUCGACACGAGGUCCCAAAACUCAAGCGGGGGCACGCUUCCCGACAACGACAAGAGGCCGCUCUAUCCUAAUUACACGCUGCGCCUUUCGAACCCGGAGUGCGUGAAACGAAACAGCGCCGCGCUCGGCGAUGAGUCCAACGCCGAAAAUGAUAAGGAAGACGUCGAUUGCGCGAAACUAAAGCGUUCCGAAUCACUGAAUAGGGAGGAAAAAAGCGAAGCGAGAGUCCUUCGCUCCGAGAGCCUCAAUUGCCGAGUUGAACGCUUGCAGCGCUCGGAAUCCCUCAACAAAGGAGAGCGUUUGAGUAAACUCGAGAAGGGAGAAUGGAAUAUUGUCAGACGCCGCGAAACAGGCGCUUGGCGAUCCACGAAGCUCAAGCGAAAGAACGGAAUGCCGGAGCGGGGUAUCAAGAGGAGGCACACGGUCGGGGGCACGAAAGACUUCGAUAAGGACGGCUGGUCCGCGCGUCACACGCGUACUUCUUCGCCGGACCUGACGGCCUCUGGGGGGGUGUGGCCCACGCCCCUCGUUCCUCCUCCUCGACCGCCAUUAGAGUCGCACGUCUGA